AUGGGGGGAACGACGGAGUGGGCGAUUGAUUUAGAGGAAUACCUGAUUGAGCCAACCGAUACCUCAGCUUUUGAUGCGUUCUUGCUCAAACUGGAAGUCAACGAGACGUUCUUGAAGAACGAUACAUGCUCGGACCCAGCCGCCGGGGAAACAAGCGAGCAGGCAAGUGAAGAACGAGGCAUUGCGGCGUACAUUGACUGGCUCGUGGAGGACAGCUUUAAGUCACCUUCUGAAUGGGCCAAUAGAAUGUUCAAAUCUACGGGGCAGACAACUCAAUGUGACGUUUAUCCUGAUGGCCAGUGCGACUUUCCUUCAGGUUUCUGUUCCAAUUAUACCAUCCCCUCUGAGUACUGGGCCGAAUACGUUGUGGCGAACUUCCUUGAAUACAUCACUGAAUUCGGUUCCUUGUUCAAUUACGCGAAUCAGAAUCAGUCGCUGGGCAUCGAUAAUAUUGUCGCAGACUUCCCUGUCAAAUCAGCAAGCACAGUACCCGAUCUAGCGACUAUAUUCACCAAUGUCAGCGGUGUACUGGGGAUUGUCGGAAGCACUCUACCUCUGCUUGAUGAAGAGACUGACACCGCUUCAAGCAUAAUGGGUGUUAUGAGCGGGCUCUUUUCCACCGCUGAAUCUGACAUCUCCUCCAGCAGCGCGACCGAUACCGAAACAAUCACUCUGGAGAAGAAAGUUGAGGCUCUUUACACCCUGAUGUACACGGCUGUUCAGGAUAUCCUCAUUGCUAUCUUCGAAACCGGCAAUAUCUCCUCCUGGCCCUCGGACCUGCGAACUGGUGACUACUCCUUUGAAGUCACCAAUUUCUUCAAUGGCCGAUACAUGUUCUUGCUUACUGGUGAACAAGCCGAAUCCCGGAGAGGUGCCUACUCCACCAGUACCUGCUCCUCUAUCACCAGUGGGAAGGUGAUUGACGGUGCCUGUUAUACUCUUCAAUAUCCUGGUGCAGGGUGGGAACUGGUCAAGCAGAUCAUGACGGAUCCGAUUAGCAGUGAUGAUCUGACCAAGCUGACGGAUAUCUAUGAUGUGGACCUUGAGAGUCUCUAUACCAACUCAUACACUUGCCAGAACACCACCGGUACGUAUGGGGGCACACUCGAGGUAAAUAUUCUGGAGUUCUCUUCAUCUCUUCCCACCUGCUUCUAUAACCUUCCCGUCUUCACGGUCGAAACGUCUGAGGAGCCUAAGAUAAACAACUAUCUAUCUUCACCAUGCCUGGUAUACGAGCAGAACCUGACUGCUAAGACAGCUGAACUGGGUGUGACCUGGUUGCCGAGCAACCUGGCAGACAUUUUUGUUAAGGACUUUUGCGAGUGCAAUGCUGGUGCUAGAGAGUGUUCAGAGAUCUAG